AAAAAAACAAUCAAUGGCUCAGAUUGUUUUUUUUAAUAAUAUUUAGAAAUUUAUAAUUUGUAAGCAUACAUAUACUCGCAACAAGAAAAGAUAUUUGUGAGUGUGAGCCACACAUCUAUCUUUUUCCACAAGAAUCGUCAAUCAUGGCUGUUGAAUUGUUGGAGACUCUGAAAGAAGCCAUAACCGCAUACACCGGACUCUCUCCUAAUGCUUUCUUCACUGUACUCGCUGCCGGUGUUGCCAUCUAUUAUGUCGUCUCCGUUUUGUUCGGAGGAUCCUCCGAUCAUCAACCACAACAUAGGCCCAGGUCUUUCGAAGAAGAAGUACAGCCUCUCCCGCCACCGGUUCAGCUCGGCGAGAUUUCCGAGGAGGAGCUAAAAGCCUACGACGGCAACGAUCCCGAAAAGCCUCUUCUUAUGGCCAUCAAGGGUCAGAUCUACGAUGUUUCACAAAGCAGGAUGUUCUAUGGGCCAGGUGGGCCAUACGCACUGUUUGCAGGAAAAGAUGCUAGCAGAGCUCUUGCAAAAAUGUCAUUUGAAGAUAAAGAUUUGAAUGGUGAUCUCACUGGUCUUGGUGCGUUUGAGCUUGAUGCAUUGCAAGAUUGGGAAUAUAAGUUCAUGAGUAAGUAUGUCAAGGUCGGAUCCAUUAAGAACUCAGAAGCUUCAACCGCUGAGUCAACUGCAACUGACUCAGCAGCUGAACCCACUGAGUCAACUGUAGCAGAACCUGCUCAUGUUUCAGAGCCCACAGAAGAAGAUAAAGAGGCUAAGGAAGUGAAAGAUGAGUGAAGUAUUUUUAUGAUGGGGGUGAGGUAGGGUUUGGGUGCCUAUGAAUUUAUAGUUGUAACUUCUAUAAUUAAGUAUAGAUUAAUGACUUGAGAUGAUCCUACUUAUUCCAAAUUUGUUGUGUUUCAAUAAUGUGGAGUUUAUGCAGAAUCAUGGUCCUUCUAUGCUAAUUGAGUAAUUUCAAUCUUGGAUCAAUCUUUUAGAUUUGAUGUCAUCCAAACCUGUAUUUUCUGUGCUGAUUGUUUUUUUUAAGCAAAAAUCUAUACAGUUUGCCGACUACCUCUGCAACCCUCUGCAGUAAAAGAGGUGGACCUAACGAUUACAGACUGUAAUAAAAAACGUG